GGAGAGCCAAGUGGAGCUGCGGGAACACAUUGACAGCCUGGCCACAGAGCUUUGCCGCAUCAACGAGGACCAGAAGGUGGCCCUGGACCUCGACCCUUACGUGAAGAAGCUGCUCAACGCCCGGCGCCGGGUGGUGCUGGUCAACAACAUCCUGCAGAACGCCCAGGAGCGGCUGAGGAGGCUGAACCACAGCGUGGCCAAGGAGACCGUGCGCAGGAGGGCGAUGCUGGAGGCCGGGGGCUACCAGGGCAAGUGAGAGCCAGGUAUCCUCCCUGUGGGAUCCCAGCCUUGGGAAUUUGGAGGAGGUGUCCCCCCUCUCACCUGCAGCACAGGGAGCAGGGACACCCCCCCAACCUGCCCGGAGUGUGCCUGGAUUUGGGGGCGCUGGAAUAAAAGUGACGUCGGAGUCCG